AGUGGGAUUGAGAGUGAGAAUAAGUCGAGACGCUCGUUUGUCACUUGAAUCGAAAAAGUUGAACAGUCGAAGGACGAAAUUCCAAAAAAAUUUUUUCCCGUAAACGCAAACGUUAUAAAUAAAUUUCGAUUUAUCACGUUUUUAAUCAGUUAUACCCGUGACAUGAUUUAAAAUUACUACAGGAUGUUUUAUAAGUGUGUUACAAUGUUUCAUUCAUUUAGUUUCAUUUUGGAAUAGAUACGACUGUCAAAACAGAAUAAUAAUGGCUGACUACAAUUUGAAAACAAUAAACAUUUUAACUUUAAUCUUGUUGGUAACGCCAAUGUCAUUAACUAAAGAUGGAUCGAAAUCUAGACAGAAAAGAAUAUUAUGGGUUACACAAGAUGGACGUUUAGCACUACCACCCGGUACUACUUUGGUUAUAUCUCCUUCUCUGUCGCUACCGUUCGUGAGAUAUCCACCAGAAGGUUUUUUCUCUAAUUUGACCAUCAGUUUACCAUUCACAAUUGAUUUUAAUAAACUGGGAUUAACAGAUAACGAGAAUCCUUAUGGAGUUCUUCCACCGUUGUUAGCUAGGUCAAUGGGUCGAGCUGCUGGUACUAUCUUAGCUGAUUACAUUGGUGGAAUGUUGCGCAGGCGUGGAAAAAGAUCCACUGAAAAGGACGUUAAACCAAUGCCUCACGCUUUCCAUGGAGGAGAGAGGGCGCUGUUAUAUGUGAUGUUGGAAGAUUUAUUAGAUCAGUUCGGAAUGGACGGAAGGGCGUGUCUUUUAAGGGCUAUUUGCGAAGUUCACGCCCAUCCAAUGACAAAUUUUGGACUCGUCGGCGAAAUGUUGAAGCUCUUCUUCAGCGCAAGCAAAUCACCUUACGCCAAUAUGCUUACCGAGUACGUGGAAGCGGAAUAUGCUGGUACCGGUCAAUAUGGCGGACCAGCAGAAUGUUGGCCCUACAUGAAAGAUUGUCCUAAAUCUCUAUUUCUACCCAAACAUAACCUAUAUAACGAUGAGGAUAACGAAAUUCCUCACGAGGAACCCGAUGACCUGUUAAAGCCGUCAAAAGUUACCUACAAUCCUUCUGUACAUAAUAUGUAGUACACCUGUCAACGGAAGUGAUAAAAACAGUGAUUAAAACUAAGUCAAAACAAAAAAAACUGAAAGUAAUUGAACGAAAUAAGGACGAAAGGAUAAUAAAAAAAAUGCUCAAGUGUAAAUAAUAUUUAUUUAAAUUUUUCUAAGGCCAAUUGCGUAUUGCUUUUUAUUGUGUUAUACAAGCUCAUUUGCAUAAUAUUAAAUUUUGCAUUAAGAAACAUCCUGUAUAUAUAUUAUUAAAUCGAUUUAUUAGAUCUAACUAUUCGUAUAAUUGUUUCGACUGAAUACAUUCUGUAUAUAUUUAUUUUCACUUCAUUUCGAACACAAAAAUUUUUAAAACGUGGCAACGUUGUAAUUGUCUACUUAUGGAUUGUGAUAAGUAUUUGCAGGAAUUGAAAAAAAAAAUAAAAUAGAAAAUAUAAUACUAUUAAAAAUUUAUUAAAAUUAUUUUAAUAAGAUUUUUUUUUAAUUAAAUAUCUGCAACUGUAGCAUUAAUCAUUAGAUAAUUAAUUGUUUAGUUUUGAUUACAAUUGUCAUGAUUUGAUGAUAAACCAUACGAGGAAUCUAAUGAUAUCCGAUGUUGCCAGAGCUAAUUUUAUUUCAAAGAUUGUAAGAAAUGAAAAUGUCAGCUAUUUUUGUAAUAUUAUUUUGAAUCGUAAAAAAGAUUAUAAUGAUAUACAAUGAUUAUUGGAAAGUUUCGAAUGUAAUAAAAAAAAAGGAAAAUUUGAUAAUACUCGACGUUGCCAACACUCACACUACUUCCUCAAUACCAACUGAAGGGAGAAUAUACAAUAUUUAACGAUGCCAAGUUUUACUAUAUUUCGGAGUUUAUUGGAAAUAAAAGUUUCAAAUAAAAUAAACAAUAAAUCGAAUGGAAAAUUUAAUAAUAUUCGACGUUGCCAAGGUUUACUGUGUUUCGGAGAUUAUUUGAAAUAAAUAAUCGAAAUGUCAUAAUUGAUGAAUUGAUAGAAGAAUUAAACAUUAUUCGACGUUGCCAAAUUUAAAUCUAAAUCGGAAAUUUUUCGACAUUGUCAAAUUUCAUUUUAUGUCGGAAUAAUUAUUGGAAAUUGAAAUUUCAAAUAAAAUGAACAAUUAACCGAAUAGAAAAUUGAUCAUUCGACGUUGCCAAAUUUAAAUAUAUAUAUCGGAGAUUAAUGGAAAAUAACAUUUUAAAUAUUUGAACGGCAAACUGAAGGAAGAAUUUACAGUUUUCGACGUUGCCAAAUUCUAUUGUAUUUCGGAUAUUAUUGUAAAAUAAGAAUAGCAAAUAUUUGAACGACCAAUUAAAAGAGAGAAUUUACAAUAUUCGACGUUGCCAUGGUUAACAGUGUUUCGGAGAUUAUCGGAAAUUGAAGUUUCGAAUGGAAUAGACAAUAAAUUAAACUGACGUUGAGAAAGGUCACUGUGUUUCGGAGAUUAUUGGAAACGAAUUAUUGAAAUGUUAUGAACGAUACACCAAUCGGAAAUAGAUUCGCCAAAAUUAAAUUUAUUUCAGGGAUUAUUGGAAACUAAUAUUUAAAAAAUUAUAAACGACGUACCAAACAGAGAAUUAAAUAAUAUUCGACGUUGCCAAAUUUACUGAAGGGAGAUUUUACUAUUUUCGACGUUGCCAAGUUUCAUUAUAUUUCGGAGUUUAUUGGAAAUAUAUAUUUAAGAAAUUGCGUAAUAUUACUUUUCAUAAGAAUAUUUAUACUUUUUUUUUUAAAUUAGGACAUGAAAUCGUUGGUAUCAAACAUAUUUUAAAACAAACGUCUAUUUGGUCCGAUUUCGUAGUUUUUUUCCCAAUUUUUUCAACAAUAAUUCAUAACAAUUUUCCUACUAACGAUACCUAACCUCAAAACCGUAUU